GUAAGUGUUAAUAAUAUUUAAUCAUAUCAACCAAAUGAAAGAAAUGGAAACAUUCUCCUGCAAGAAAUGAGACAAGGAAUUUACUACCAAGUUCAGCUUGAAUAGACACCAGCUUGUUCACAACAACGAGAAGAGGUUUACUUGAAAGUUCUGUCCUAAAAAGUUUGCCUUGAAGCAAUACUUGAGAGAACACGAAUGUAUCCAUACAAAUUCUAGACCUUAUGUCUGUGGGGUCGAUGGCUGUGAGGAAAGAUUCCGCCAACGAGGUAAAUUAAGCCUUCACAGAAGAAAACACAAAGGAUACAAGAUGAAAGAUGGUGCAGACCAUGAAGGAAGCGAUGAAGAGACUCAUAUGGGCCAUAUUCACCAAGAAUACGAAGAUAGUCUUCAUGCAUCUUCAGAUGUUAAUCUUAACACUACCAAGCUUACUAAAACUGCCAAAAAGAACACUUGAAGAAAAGGUAAAAAGAGAUCAGUUAACUAUCGGGAAUCCGAUAGUGACUUUGAACUCCCCUCUUAUUCUGCUAAAAAGGCUACCACAUCACAAAGGAGAUCUAGAAAAAGACACUCUGUUGCUAAGACGUCUGCUCAGGUUGAAGGUUUUAGUAGCUGUGAAGAAGAUAUAAAUAUGUCUAAUUCUGAAGAAGAAGUAAACAAGGUAGAAGAACCCUUGUGUCAUGAGCCAUCCCUAGCUGUCAUUACUCAUACAGAGAUCGAGAAGAAAGCUAGCAAUGACAGUACUUAUGAAGGUUCUAUUUGAGGAAAAAGAGCCAAAGCACGGAAAGUGUUAGAAAAUUCUAGAACCUCGGUGAAUCAAAAUUUAGAAGCCAAUCACACUGAAUUUGGAGAGGUAUCUUCGAAGAAUACUAUGGAAUCUAAACCUUCCAACUUUGAGUGCUUGAUUCAAGCUGCUCAUAUCUAUACUGAUUUGAUGAACAACCAGAAAGUUGAAGAAAAGUGUGAAGGCCCUACCAUUCCUUCAAAUUCGGUAGAUCUGAAUGCAUCCAACAGCUUAGUUACUAAUGCUCAAUGUUUGGAUCUGAUUGCAGGCCUUCUCUUCAGUCAAAAUUCUAAUAUAGUUAAUUUAUUAAGAAAUAAAGCAUAGACAUCACA